AUGGAAGGUCUGAGGCAAACAUUCCAGCGCUGCAAGGCCGAGGGCAGGUCUGCGCUUGUUACAUAUGUUACUGCUGGUUACCCUUCACCGCAGGACACCCCCGGUGUCCUGCUUGCUAUGGAAAAGGGUGGCGCUGAUGUGAUCGAACUCGGCGCUCCCUUCACCGACCCAAUUGCCGACGGCCCGACGAUCCAGACAUCGAACACUGUCGCACUGCAACAUGGUGUCACGAUCGAGUCUACCCUCCAGAUGGUCAAGGACGCGAGGAGUCAGGGCCUCAAGGCACCGGUGAUGUUGAUGGGAUACUACAACCCUCUCCUCAGCUACGGCGAGGAGAGACUCUUGACCGACUGCAAGAGCGCAGGCGUCAACGGCUUCAUCGUCGUCGACCUCCCUCCCGAGGAGGCCAUCUCCUUCCGCAAGCUCUGCACCAAGGGAGGCCUGUCCUACGUCCCCCUGAUCGCCCCCGCGACCUCCGACGCCCGCAUGAAGAUCCUCUGCAAGCUGGCCGACUCCUUCAUCUACGUCGUCUCCCGCCAGGGCGUGACCGGCGCCCUCGGCUCCCUCAACGCCAACCUCCCGGACCUCAUCGACCGCGUCAAGAAGUACAGCGGCGACAAGCCCGCCGCCGUCGGCUUCGGCGUCAGCACCCGCGAGCACUUCCUCAGCGUCGCCCAGCUCGCCGACGGCGUCGUCGUCGGCUCCCAGAUCAUCACCACCCUCAAGAACGCGGCCCCCGACGAGCUCUUCAACGACGUCGAGAAGUACUGCGCCUACCUGUGCGGCCGUACCGGCGGAGACUCGACGACGCGCGAGGUCGGCAUGGUCGAGGCCAUGGCCGCCGCCAAGGAGCCCCAGAACCCUACCGUCGACUCCAUCACCGCGGACCAGGACAGCGAGCUGGUCGCGCAGCUCGCCGCCAUGCACGGCAAGAUCCCCGAGCGUUUCGGCGAGUUCGGCGGCCAGUACGUCCCCGAGUCCCUCAUGGACUGCCUGUCGCAGCUCGAGGAGGGCUUCAACAAGAUCAAGGACGACCCGUCGUUCUGGGAGGAGUACCGCUCAUACUACGAAUACAUGGGCCGCCCCGGCCACCUCCACCUCGCCGAGCGCCUGACGGAGCACGCCGGCGGCGCCAACAUCUGGCUGAAGCGCGAGGAUCUCAACCACACCGGCUCGCACAAGAUCAACAACGCCCUCGGCCAGCUCCUCCUCGCGAAGCGCCUCGGCAAGACCAAGAUCAUCGCCGAGACCGGCGCAGGCCAGCACGGCGUCGCUACCGCCACCGUCUGCGCCAAGUUCGGCAUGGAGUGCACCGUCUACAUGGGCGCCGAGGACGUCCGCAGACAAGCCCUCAACGUGUUCCGCAUGAAGCUCCUGGGCGCCAAGGUCGUCGCCGUCGAGGCCGGCAGCAGGACCCUCCGCGACGCCGUCAACGAGGCCAUGCGCGCCUGGGUCGUCGAGCUCGACACCACCCACUACAUCAUCGGUUCCGCCAUCGGCCCCCACCCCUUCCCCACCAUCGUCCGCACGUUCCAGUCCGUCAUCGGUACCGAGACGAAGCAGCAGAUGCUCGAGAAGCGCGGCAAGCUCCCCGACGCCGUCGUCGCCUGCGUCGGCGGCGGCUCCAACGCCGUCGGCAUGUUCUACCCCUUCGCCAACGACCCCUCCGUCAAGCUCCUCGGCGUCGAGGCCGGCGGCGACGGCAUCGACACCGCGAGGCACAGCGCCACCCUCUCCGGGGGCAGCAAGGGCGUCCUGCACGGCGUCAAGACGUACAUCCUCCAGGACAAGCACGGACAGGUCGCCGAGACGCACUCCGUGUCCGCCGGCCUGGACUACCCGGGCGUCGGCCCCGAGCUGUCCUCCUGGAAGGACAGCGAGCGCGCCAAGUACGUGGCCGCCACCGACGCCGAGGCCUUCAUCGGCUUCCGCCUCAUGAGCCAGCUGGAGGGCAUCAUCCCCGCCCUCGAGUCGGCGCACGGCAUCUACGGCGCCAUCGAGCUCGCCAAGACGAUGAAGAAGGGCGAGGACGUCGUCAUCUGCCUCAGCGGGCGCGGCGACAAGGACGUGCAGAGCGUCGCGGACGAGCUGCCCAAGCUGGGCCCCAAGAUCGGUUGGGAUUUGCGAUUUUAA